CCCCAGAUGACAUCACGCAUAAAUACGGGUAACCACACUCGGAUAUUAUAUUGAACCAGCAGAGUACGGGAUAUAAUCAUGAAAUAUUAUUUCGUCACAAUUACACUUGGAAUGGUGUUUGUACACUAUUCAAAAGCGGCUUUGCCUACCGGAUGUGAUGCUGAUGGUGUGGAUUGUCCGGAACAUUCUACGUGUGGUACUGACAAAAACUGUGCUUGUAACGACGGCUUUAAGCUAAAUUCAAACCAAGAUGGAUGUGAGGCAAAAGUUAUAAAUGAUAUCUGCGAUGACGACAAAGGUUGCACGGGGUUGUCAAAUACAGCAUGCACAGGUGGUAAAUGUGUAUGUAGUGACGGCUAUGCAGAAAAAAAUUCUGUGUGUACUAAAACCGUUAGCGGAACAACAUGUACCGCAGCUGGAACAGAAUGUAAAGGCAUUGAUAACUCACAUUGUGACACUGACAAAUGUAAAUGUAAUGAUGGCUAUGUGAUGAAUGUUGAAGUGUGUACCGCAGAAAAUGCAGCUACACAUGUUCAGUUAGGAGUUCUGACAUUAUAUCUCAGUUUUGUUUUGGCCAUGGCGCAGAAACUUUUCUGAUUGAGAAUCGGGAAUGGAGCUUCAUCUUUAUGCGAUUGACACCUUUUCUCUAUAAUAUAUUCCUCUCUAUAAAAGUGUGAUAUGGCCAUAUGUGGCCAAGAAACUACUAAACUGUUUUGUUUCGUUUUCUUUUUUCAAAAAAGUGUUGAAAUAUUCAAAAUAAAGUAACGACUGUUUAAUUCUUGUUUUACAUUAUAUGGUUUUUAAUUCUUGUUUGAAAUUAUAUGGUAAUAUAUAUGAACAAGUUUUGCUUUUUAAUUAGCAAAACAUAAUUUUUCGUAUAUUGUAAAUUAUGUUUAACGUUAUCUUAGCGAAAUGGGCUAUUAAUCGGUAAAAAAGUAUUAAACAUUGAUUACUCAACUGUAUAAUUUAAAUUUGUUGGCUUGAAGAUAAACGUAACAUGUACACAAGUAAACACAAUUUACCUACAGUUUCAACAGCGGUUUUUGCAUUGUAGUAGAAUGGACAUAAAAUUGUGUAACUAAAAGUUAAAUGCAUUUAGAUUUACUUUAGUUUAGUAUUAUCACGAAGUUCCUUUGAAAAGAAAACAAGAAAAUGUUAACAAAAUAUAAUUACCGACGAACGCCAAAUGACUAUAUACUACCAUAUGUUUCAUUCGAGAAUUUAAUUAUCUGAAAAUGCAGGAUAACCAAUUAAUAUACAUGUAAACACAUUUACAACUCGAAAUGAAGCAUUUUUGAAUUAUAUUGACAAUAUUCCAAUAAUAUAAAGACAUCUGAUAAAUAUAGAAAAUUGAAUUCUAUAUUUAUAAAAAUGUAUAAGAAAGACUUGUGAACUAAAUAAACAGUUGUUAUUUAAA